AUGAGUGAAAAGAAACGAGGGACCCAAGCUAACGACAGAUCCAGGAGAAAAUACCGUCAUGAUGGGACACCCAUAUGGGGGAAACGGUCAAUAGACGGGCCUGGCGUCUGGGUAAGUUGCGUGAAGGGGAAAGAGAAGCAGACUGUAGGCGAGCUCUACGAUCUUUUUGAGCAGCUUGCUUCGGACCUCUGGCCAGCAGAAAACAACGCGAUCACUGGCGACGGAGACGAUGAAAAUCCGACGGAUGAUAUAGAGGAAGAUUUGGAGAAACAAAUCGCUAAAGAACUGGCGUCUAUGAAGAAGCCAAGGAGGGAGCAGAUGUUUGCCAACUGUCAGACAAAUACGCCAUGUGUCGUAUUCAUCUCAUGUAAAUCACCGGUCAAUCCCGUUAAGCUCGUCCUGAAGCACAUAGAGAUAGUAGAAAAUACGGGAAUAACCCAAACAAGGUACACACAGCGCCUGACACCGGUAGUUGGAUCAUGUGUUGUCAAUGUCCCAGAGAUACAGGCGCUGUUUAGACGGGUUCUGAAUAACUUCAUUUCCGAUGACCCCGAGCACAAGUAUCGUUACAAGAUCGAGCUCCGUUCGCGUAACCACAACACACUCUCCAGGCAAAUUUUGAUCGACACCAUCGUCACAUGUGUGCCAGACGGUUACACUGUUGACCUCGAGGAUCCAGAUAUUUUCAUUCUUGUCGAGGUUUUCAAGAGCGUCUGCGGUGUUAGUAUCGUGAGAGACUAUUAUAAACAUCUAAAAUUUAACGUCAUGGAGAUCGCCAAGGUAAGAAAUGAAACCGAGGGCUUCAAGGAUGGGGAGGGGCGUAUAGUGAAAAACUCUAUAGCAGAACAAGAUGAUCCUGUACCUGCAUGA